AUGAGAGACUUUAGUUACCUCUGGUGCUGUCUGUCUUGCAGUUUUGGAACCCUUAUUGGGAUUGGGAUUGCCCUCUUUGCUGUGGUUGUGAUCACUAUUAUCCUGUGCCUCACCUGCUCCUGUUGCUGUUUGUACAAAGCAUGUCGAAGACCGCGGCCUGUUGUGACUACCACCACUGCCACCACGGUGGUCCACGCGCCCUAUCCCCAGCAAGCAGCGGUGCCGGCGAGCUACCCCGCAGCGCCGUACCAGGGCUACCAGCCCGUGGCCGUGCAGCCCCACGGCGGCGUGCUGGUCGCGCCGUACCCCACGCAGUAUCCUCCCCCCUACCCUGCACAGCCGUCCGGGCCUCCCGCUUACCAUGAGACCGUGGCAGGUGGUGCAGGAGCACCUUACCCAGUCAGCCAGCCCCCUUACAACCCUGCUUAUGUGGAUCCUCAGAAGCCCAUCUACUGAACAGAUCUGCUACUAUACUUCUGCAUACAAAACUCUUUAAAAA